AUGUCCAUCUCCGAGGACUCUUACACUCCUGAUAGAAUGGACAUUACAUCGGCGGAGAAGAAAUAUCCAACAUACGACACCGAAAUGCAAAAAGAGGGGGAUGUGGAGAAUGCGGCGGGUCAAUUGGAAGAGAUCAAUGCUUUCGAGCAAGGCCUCCACCAGCGACAUAUUCAGAUGAUUGCCCUCGCCGGCACGGUUGGAACUGGUCUUUUUCUAAGUUCGGGACGAGCCAUCGCGGAGGCUGGACCUCUAGGUGCUUUCCUCGGAUAUUCAAUUAUCGGUCUCAUGGUGUCGAGUGUCGUCUUUGGAGUCGGUGAGAUGGGUGCCCUCGUGCCUCUCAAUGGUGGUGUCAUCCGUUAUGCCGAGAUCUUCUGUGACCCUGCUCUGGCUUUUGCCAAUGGCUGGAAUCAAGUCUACUCUUACAUCGUCUCAAUCCCCUCCGAGCUCGUCGCCGCUGCCGUUAUUGUCGAAUUCUGGAUCACCAUUAGCCCUGCGAUCUGGAUCACCGUCUUCGGACUGUUAAUGAUUGUCACGGCUGUCCUCUUCGUACGCGUUUACGGAGAGCUGGAGUUUGGAUUCUCUAUUCUCAAGAUCAUGCUGAUUAUUGGAAUCAACAUCAUGGCUUUGGUCAUCACAUGUGGAGGAGCGCCCAAUCACAAGGCUAUUGGCUUCGAGUAUUGGAGGAGUCCCUAUGGUCCCUUCGUUCAGUAUCUGGGCUAUGAGGGAUCUUUAGGUCGAUUCCUCGGCUUCUGGACCGUGUUCAACAAUGCUCUCUACGCAUACUCGGGAAUCGAAAACAUCACCGUCGCUGCUGCUGAGACUCGUAACCCUCGCCGAGCAAUCCCCAUGGCUGCCCGACGCAUCUUCAUCCGAAUCCUAUUCUUUUACGUCGUCACGAUCUUCAUGGUUGGUCUUGUAGUGGCGUCAACCGACCCAAACCUUCUCGACUCCACCGGCACAUCAUCGGAGUCGCCUUUCGUCAUCGCAGCUCGCAGCGCAGGAAUCAAAGUCGUCCCCUCUAUAAUUAACGCCAUCGUCCUCACCUCCGCCUGGUCGUCGGGUAACUCCAACAUGCUCGGCGGUUCUCGAAUCCUAUACGGUAUGGCAAAGCAGGGUCAUGCGCCAGCAAUCUUCAAGCGCCUGAACCGCUUUUCGAUCCCCUACGUCGCCGUGGCUUUAUACAGUGUCUUCAUGGCAUUAGGAUAUAUGACACUGUCAAGCUCUGCCAGUACUGUGUUUACUUGGCUUCAGGAUCUUGUCUCCAUCUCCACGAUUGUGAACUGGGUUUGCAUUCUCGUGGUUUACCUCCGGUUCCUCUAUGGUUGCAAGAAGCAAGGUAUUGAUCGCCACAAGGAACUCCCAUGGGCGGCGCCUUUCCAGCCGUACACUACCUGGGUCUCUUUGGUCGUUUUCAUUCUGCUAUUCUUCACUGGAGGUUACACUACAUUCCUGAAGGGUCGCUGGAGUACUGAGACUUUCAUCUCUUGUUACUUCAACCUGCCUUUCAUUGUGAUCGUCUAUUUUGCGUCCAAGUUCUGGAUGAAAUCUAAGAUUAUCCCACUGGCGGAAAUUCCCAUUCGUCCAUUUAUUGAGCAAUAUCAGAACAACCCUGAGCCAGAGCCAGCACCGAAGCGUGGACUUGCAAAGCUCAAUAUUUUGUGGUCUUGA